AUGGGUCCUGUAAUGAGGGAUCCAAGUGUUUUCUGCAUCGCAGAAUUAAAGAAAAUACUUCGGGAAAAGGGACUUCCAACGUCAGGGCUGAAAGCAGAGUUAAUUCAGCGUUUGACCGAGGCCGAUCCGUCGGGCGGAUGGAUGAGGGUACGUACGAGUAAUGUAGCUGAAGAAACUGUGAGUGACAAUGCGUCAGAAUACGCAUGCGAUAUAGAGCAGAUGCAGCGGGAAAUGGAGCUUUCGAAAAGGGAAAAACAACUGGCAGAGCGAGAGCUAGAAUUAGCUCGUCAGCAGAUUGAGUUCCUUAAAGAGAUGCAAAGGCUUAAUCUGGGUGGAGGUGAAACAGGGGAGUCGGCGAGAGCGCCGCUGGUGCAGAAACAACCGCCGCCGGUGAACAUAUCCGCCAUUGCAGAUUUAUUAAGUUGUUUUGAGAGAAAUAGCAAUACUUUCGUCACGUAG